UUGUGCCUUCCAUGCGCAUACUGAACUGUUACGAGGUCUGCCAUUAUCCAGCCUAGAUAGCAGCGUCCAUCAGGCUGAACCACGACGCUCUAGUUCAGGCUGGACGACGUCAGGUCUCGUAGCUCUCCAGACGACCAGUCGCCGGCGGAAUGUGCUACAAAACCGAGGACCGCAGCAUGUCCUCCCUCUUUGUCGUCACCUCCACCUGUCGAAAGUCGCGUCGCACCCUCAAGUCGCAAGGCUCUCCUCGACAAAUCAACAUCUCACAAAUAAGCAUCAAUGGCACCCAUCCAGUCCUCCACCGUCUUCGAAGAUACGUCCUUCCUUGUGUCUUUGCGUGGGGUCAUCGCCUCCGGCACAGGCAAGGGCAUCAGUCUGGCUAUGCUCCUCGUCGCUGCUCUCCUCGCGGUGCUCUUCGCGUGGUACGCCCUCUACGUCUGCCUGACCCCGCGCGACGCCGACUGGUUCGACGAGCUCGACAGCCUCAAGGCUCGGCCUGGCUUGAAGACGCGAAUCUGGCGUGUCCUAACGUUCCCUUGGGCACACACUGCAAGUACCGGCCUCGACGUCGAAGCGAGUCCGAUGCUCAAGAGCAAGUCCUUCGAGAAGACUUCUACUCAAACCGACUGGCUCGCCUACCACCCCGCCCUUCCCUACGCCUCCUCGCCGCCUCUGCUUUCCAUCCCAGACUUCCCGCCGAUCGCUAUCUCGCGCCCUCGCUCUCUAGUCAAGCACUCCCCUGUUCCUCUGCGGUCCCCGCACGUUCCUAUCAGGCGCUCUCCGGACGCUGCUCCCGCGCCGGAGUCAGACAAGCCGAGUCACGCCCAUAGCCGCACGCCGUACACUGUCUGCUGCAACCCCGCGACGUACACGGAAGACGACCUCGCGAUGGCGCGCUUCAAGCUCGAUGUCGCCUUCGCUGACCUCCAGGCCCGCUUCGGCCCGAGUUGUGGAUCGUGGCGAAGUGGUGCCCUCGAGUACGAGGUCGUGCCAACUGAGCCCGGCGCCGAGAAGACCGUAGCGGCAUGUGGCUUUGCGAUCAUGAAGGGUGUGGCCGAUCCUGAACCUGCAUUCGGUGGUUCGUUUGGUCGCGUUUGAAUUAUCUGUUUCCGUUCCUGUAUCGCGUUUGUUUCUUCUCUCCGGUCUUCAUGCUCGCCUAUCCGCCUUCAAUCACUUCGCCAUUCGGCCUAAUGCGUUGGUCUCGCACUUCCUUCUCCUUGCAUUCCUCGCGCCACACCCCGCCCCGGAACCCUUUGGCUUCCUUGCAUUGCCCGUCUUCUUCGUAUCUU